AUGGCAUCGUCAGCUGAGUAUAUCACCUCGGGUGAUAGCGACGAGGGCCUCCUUGAUGAAAGCUCGAAUGACGAUAUCGCUGAAACCAGCGAAGAAGAGACUGAGGCCCGGCAUGCGUGUACAUCUUGUACGGAAGAGUAUCCAUUAUCAGAUAUCUUCCAAACGGAAUGUGCUCACAACUAUUGCCGCGAAUGUAUUCUGCAUCUUUUUGAAAAUUCCCUUACGAACGAAUCCCUGUAUCCUCCUCGAUGUUGCCGCCAGCCAAUUCGUGCAUCUACCGCCGUCGAGGAUAUGAUAGGCAUCGAGAUGACGAAGAGAUUCAAAGAGCGAAAGAUCGAGAUCAGUGACCCCGAGAGAACUUAUUGCUCGGACAAAACCUGCUCCCGCUAUAUCCCGCCACAUAACAUCCGCCGCGGAGUGGGAAUCUGCCAGUUCUGUACGGCUCGAACGUGCACCGGUUGCAAAAAGCAGGGACACAGAGGUGAUUGCAACGACGAGAAUGCCAAUAAGCAGAGCAUUACUCGUGAUGAUGGGAAGGCUAAGGAGGAGAAGGCCAAUGAUGUGCUGCUGGAAAAACUAGCAAAGAGGAGGCAGUGGAAACGAUGCCCAAACUGCUCUAGAAUGAUAGAGCGCGUGUCUGGAUGCAAGAAUAUACGGUAG